AAAUCAAGCCGUUAUAGUGUUUGAAUGGGUUUUCUGUUUUGUUGAAGAUAGUUUUGUCCUUAAAAAAAAAAAAAAAAAAAAAAUCGAGCUUUAUUUUGAAAUCGGAAGUUGUUUAUGUUGGCAUGGCAACAGGACGACGAAGCAGUUUUAUUACUAAAAGCUCGACAUUGUUCACUUUCUGCAAAUAUCACCCGUCUUAAAACUUUUGGGCGAUGGUGGACGUAGCUGCUGAUCUGAGCAGUCUGUCUUUUGAGGCAGGACUGACCGAAGAUGAGAGGAAGUUUCUUUAUCUUCGUGCACGCGCUGCUGGACUCACAUUUUGCGGGUGCGCGCACGCUCUUUACCUGUGCAAACUCGUCCACUCACUGAGAUGCAUCAUCAGAGAUCACACUGCAAACAGAGACUCAGUGGAGGACUCAGGAGAAGACAGUGACCUUUGUGUGGGGAUACUUGGGGCGGGUCACAUGGGAAAACAGCUGCUUCGCUCCCUCCUGGAAAUGACUGGCAUCAAACCAUCACACAUUAAGGUCUCCACUAGAACACCAGAAUCUGCAGUGGAAUUUGUCCAGAAGGGAGUGGAGUGUUUCUUCGACAAUCGCAGACUGGCAGCAUGGGCAGACGUUCUGUUCCUCUGUUGUCUGCCCUCUCACCUCCCCAAAGUCUGCGAUGAUCUCAGCUGUCACCUGUCAAAACACUGCCUUGUGUACAGCUUCAUCUCUGCUGUGCCCGUCACCAGAUUAGCUAAACUUCUUGGACACGAUUUUGUUCUGAAGCCACAAUAUGACUUUGUGAGUUGUGACACUGCAGAUGUGUGGCUGUCCUGCACUGAUCUGUCCAUGGCUCUGAAAGAUCCUUUGCUGAUAGAGGCAUUGUGUCCUCUUACAAUGAAUGGUGGCAUCUCUCUGAGUCUGAAAUGGGUGUGUGCAGUGUUGUACAGCCUGCUGAAUAUCUGCACCUCUGCCAGUGUACGAUCCAGUGAUGCCCUCUCUCUGAUCAACAGCCUCUUCGAGGAAAAAUGGACACACACAGUGCAAUUAAAUGCACAGAGUUUCAUCAGUUCAUCUUAUGCAUCUUCCCUUCUAGGAGAUGAGCCUUUUCCCUGGAUUUCUCUCACUGAUGCCCAGACCAAGGAGACACCACUGCUGAGGUUUCUAUCAGGUGAUAAAUCUGUGCAGCUGUGCAUCUCUGCAGCAUACAAAUCACUGCUGGAGACACCAGUAACAAUAGAGAGUUACACUCUAAAGUAAAUCUUAUAAUUUUUGACGAUGUCCAGCACAGUAGUACAUUUAAAGACUGCAUCUCUUA